AUGAUCGCUGUCGUACCCGAAAUCGCCAACGCGCCAUCAGCCAUCGAAGCCUUAGUAGCCCUUUCAUAUGCACCCAUUCUCCCUUCCCUUGUCCUGAUAUUUUGGUAUCUCCUGUCCGCAGCCGGACCGCGACUCUGGUCCGGCUCUCGCAUCCACGAACUCUACGAUUGGACUUUGGCGCUACAGGGGCACCCGAUGCUGUUGUACACAUUCAAGGCCCUCGAGCUCCUCAUGGUCGGCGUCCCAACGCUCGCUUCUUUACUCGCUGCGACAUCUGCCCCCGACCUCUCCCAAGACAGAGACCAGCUGCUCCACGACAAGUUAUCCCUAGCAGGCCUCUUCCUCUUCCUCUCCGACACCGUUCCUCAGAACCCUUAUGUCCACAACGCGCCCCAUCGCUACGGACCCAACACUCUCCGCAUCAUUCUCCCUACAACUCAUCACGAGGACACAGUCUAUGUGCUUCCCGACUUAGCCUCGGAACAGGAAUACCGCGGGUUUGACGCGGUAUGGUCGCCCAAAAUACCUGACGAACAUCGCGCGGUAGACGGGGAGAUCAUGGCACUGUUCCAGCGGAUGCGAUCGAACCGGUGGGUACGAAGCGAGCCGUUAGAGCGGUUGCGGGAGACAUUGGCGCAGUUCUGUAAGCGAGUAACGGUUGACGGGUUGUCGACGGAACAUGUGGAGAGGUUGGCGCGGUGGGUUUAUGCUCCGCGUCCGGCGAAAACAGGUGGACAUUUGAAAAUGGAAGUAAACGGCGAUACGACAAACCGAAACAUCGAGUGUCUUCGAGCUCCCGGGACGCAUCUUAUUGGCCGCGACUUGAUGUUUUCUCUUUGUCGCGCCGAGUACAUCCUCUUCAUGGCGCGGGGACAACUGUCUCCGGAAACGAGGUCGAAGCUCGGCACGCUGAGGUUGAUGACAAGAAGCGGUGCAGUCGGCAGGUGA